GUGAUCAUAUGUGCUAUGAGAAGUAUUAACAUCAAAAUAUUAAUGAAUAUAAAAAUCAGUGUAUUGGAAGUGUAUUGGAUCAAUAUGUUGAAUCAUUUAAAAUUCUUUAUUUGUAAAAAUUAGGAAAGCACAUGCGAUAAAUUUAUGAAGGAAAAAAAAAAACAAAUUUAUUACCGUAAUAGCUUGUUUUUACACGAAAUAUUCACACUUUCUAAUUACAAUUUAUGCACUGAAAUGGUGAAAUGGUUAAAUCCCACUUUAUUAUCAUCAGUUUGAGUGUGACCUGUGACUAAUCUGCAAAAAGCAAACACAUAAAUAAUCUGGUGAUGUAGUCAAAUAUCAGCUGGUAAUUCUGGGAUUUUGACAAUAACCCAGGAUUCUUGCUGGUAUCCGGCUACGAACUGGACGAUCGCCUUAGCGCACUAAAUCACAUCUUCGUUGGCUCAUGCAUUGCCACUGGUGCUGGUACUAUCUUCUGUUUUUCUAAAUAUAAAUUCUUAUCUACUAACAUACGAAGUAUUGCUAGUCAGCACGAAAGUAAAGAAUUUUGUUGUAUGACAAUUUUUUAUUUAUAUUCAAUUAUAUUUUGCAUUCAAUCUGUCACAUUUUUUUUAUUAUAUCAUAUCGUUAAAAUUUAUAUUGAAAUUAAAAGAAAAACAAUGUCUUUUUUGCCGGUACUUCUUAACUGGGAAGAGGAUUUGAAAACACCUUAUUAUUCCUUUGACCAACAUUUUGGACUUCCACCGAGUUCUGAAGAUUUACCAACAUCUUUUUUUCCUGACGAUACUGAUAUUUUAAUGCUAAGACCUCAUCGCUAUUUUUGCAGAUAUCAGCCUUAUAAAAGAAUUAUAAAUCCUAAAUCCAGUGGAACAUCUACAAUACAAGCUGACAAAAAUAAAUUUCAAGUAUCAUUGGAUGUUCAACAAUUUGCUCCAGAAGAAAUAACUGUUAAAGUUGUGGGAAAGAAUGUAAUUGUCGAAGGCAAACAUGAAGAAAAGCAGGAUGAACAUGGAUGGAUAUCCAGACAAUUUGUACGAAAGUAUAUUGUACCAGAACAAUGUGAUAUUGAUCAAUUAAAAUCAAGUUUAUCUUCUGAUGGAAUAUUGAUGAUCACUGCACCAAGAAAAGAGAUUGAUCCAACAUCAAAGAAUGAAAGAAUUAUUAAAAUUCAAAUUACAGGAAAACCUGCUUUAAGAGAUGAUACAAAACCAAUUGAAAAACAAAAGGAAAAUCAAGUUCAGAAGAAUCCCAUAUCACAAAGAGGACAAGAACAGACAGUAAAAGCUGCUUAGGAAAAUAAUUUAUUAUAAAAUUGUAUUAUAACAAUUUUGUUAGUAUUUUAUGUUUUGCAUAUAUAAUUAACUUAAAGUUCAACUAAAUUCUCUAUCUAAAUUUAUUUUAUAUUUUCUAAUAAAUUAAGCAAUUUAGUUUUAAUUUUUUAUAUUUUAGAUCUAUGUUUGACGACAAACUAAAUUUGUAAAAUAAACAUUUUUCAUUUUUAUAAGUUAUUCAUAUGUUAUUUGAGAUUCAUCUGUCAUAAAUAUGUUUUUUAAUAAAGAUAUUGUUUUUAUAUAA